CCGCUCGGGGCGAGGCCAGCCGCACCGCCGUCGCAGCCGAGGCCGCCUCCCACCCCUGAGGCGCAGCGUGCGGUCAUGAAGGAGCUGGCGAGGCUACGGCGCGACGUCGAGGCUGCGCGGCGCACGUGCGUCGCCAGCGCCACCACCGCCGCUACCCAGCUCGCGCCGGAGACCACCGGCCCCACGGCGGGGCAGGGUCCGCUGGACUCGCGGCUGGAGAGGAUCUGCGUCGAGGUCGCGCGCUCCCGCGGCAUCACGGUUCGCGAGGUGCCCCUUGUCCGCAAGGCAAACUUAGCGAUGAAGGCGCUCGGGCUCCCCUGCGACAGCUUGCUGGCAGACAGCUUGAGCCUUUCCACCAAGAUCGAGCUGAUGGAGGGCCACCUCUUUUACCACGUCGCCCGGUCAAGCUCUCCGCCGACGGCGGCUGCGCAAGAGGCGGCGAGCGCGCCGUCGCCGGCCCCCAAAGCGGCGGUGGUGGAGGCGGAGGGGGUGGUCGACGUUGCGGUGGAUGAGUCGGACCUCAUGACUUGGACCGUCCAGAUGGCAAUGCCUCGGGACUCGCCUCUCGGCGCAGACCUCGCCUCCUACGCCGCGGCCGUCAAGGGGGGCGGCGGUAGCCUCGCCGCCACCGCCCCCCUCGCCGCCACCGACGCGCCCGCCACCGUGACGCUCGAGGUCGAGAUGCCGCCCAACUUCCCCGCGGCGCCGCCCUUUGUGCGGGUGGUCGCGCCGCGCUUCGCCUUCCACACGGGCCACGUCACUGUCGGCGGCUCGGUCUGCAUGGAGCUGCUCACAUCGGCGGGGUGGCGCCCCGAGUACACCCUGCGCAGCGUGCUCGUGCAGGUGCGCGCCGCGAUGAUUGCGGGUGGCGGUCGGCUGGACCCGCGCCGGCCGCAGGUGCCAUACUCGAAGGACGAGGCGCGGCGGGCCUUUUGGCGGGUGGCGCAGCAGCACGGCUGGGAGCGGCCCGGCUCAGGGCAUUGAGGGGUGUGCGGAGGUGCGGGGUGCUGCGCCGGCGAGUCAAGCGCCUCGAUGGCUGUAAAGCACCAUCGGGCUGUAGCGCGCUCGCCGUAUUGUCGCGGGGAGGUAUCCUCGGGGGGGGGUGAUGAGCAGGAGGUGGUUCGCUCGCGCCGCGGAUUGCGUUUCUACCUAGGGAUCUUGUGUUGCGAGCGGCCUUGAUGUGAAUGUACUGGUAUGUCUAUGUCUAUGUGCGGUUUUGUUGUCUCUCGUGGAAGUUGUCUCGUUGUGUGCGGUGUGCCCCCAGGUCGGGCGUUGUGGAUAUCGAGGGUGGCACCAU